AUUUUGCUCUAAUUGUCAUGAUGACCGACUUGCUGUCCGUGGUGUCGGAGGCGGAGAGGAAGUCCUUUCCAACCCUCUCUCAGCUCUCAGAAAACGACGUUGACAGCAUUUGGUCGAACGUGUCAUCUUUCGUGGAGCGACAGAUGACCUUGCAAAAGGGGGUCUACAUUGCAGGCCUGGGAUCCUUCACCUUCUCUCAGCAGAAGCUGGACGUAGGCAACAAGUUUGUUUUGAUCCAGCGACCCAUCUUCCUGCUCUCUGAGAAGCUGUCCCAGUCACACGGCCUCAAGCAGGUCAAACCGCUGUCUGCGGGUGGGGACGUGCCACUGGUCCAGCUCAACUUCACAGCCCUGUCUGUGGAGAGCAUGUUGGGGGUUGAGCAUCACGUGGUGGAGGGCAUGUGGGGGUGGGAGAGAGACAUCUUGCUGGUGUUGUCUGUGAGAGCAUUGGGGGUGGGACGCUCAGUCCUCUUCACCUUCCACUCCAUCGGAGAGCUGUUGUUCUGCCAUCGGAGCAAAGUCAAGAUGAAGUUCUACCACGAUCUUUGUCACCUCCCUGGACGAGCAUUGUUGGAGAGAAAGUUAUGUUACCACGUUUACCCAGAAUCCCUGGUGACUCCGCAGUCCAGAUCCAGACACACCCUGCACCCAGCCAAGGUCAACGGGAUCAGUCUCACUGAUGACCUGGAGCCCAGACCUCCAGUGGAGACCAACACUGACAGGUCCACAGUGUCUAUCCUACCAUGGAGGGGGGACUGUGUAUAUCAUCAUCCUUCCCUGGACAUGCCCUGUGUCAACCACAACAGGGCUGGACAGGAGUUGUGUUACCUGUGCAUGCAGCGGGCCCAGCGUAACAUCCCCCACUACCUGGCAGAGGAGAGGCUGACGGAACAGCAGGAGGAGGAGAGGGUGUUACAGUUCAACGAGCAGCGCAGAGACCAGUACUGCCUACAGAGGGAGCAGGCAGACCGUCUGGAGAUACGUGAGAACAACCAGAAGGUGGCAGCGUUCAACCUGGCCGUGUCUGAAGCCAUGAAGGAGAAGAAGGUUGCUCGCUCCUCCCACUUCCAUGGUUCGUACAUCUUCAAGGGCCGUCCCCUCACCCCUCCCAGGGUCCAUAAGCAGCGCGGCUACAUGCGGGAUCUGCGGGCCCAGGCGGAGUGGAGGAAAGGCCAGGUCAGCCAGACUCAGCAGGACCAGGAGCUCAUCGACCUGCUACAACAGGUCCAGCUGGCACAGGAAAUCGCCUUGCAAAAGUCCCAGCAGCUCCACCUGAGACAGAAGAACACUAGCUGCUACAAGAAAGCCCUGGAUACACAGACCUACCAAAGACAUGCCUCCCACCAUAAGGCCAAGGGAGAUAGGAGAGUGAUGUUCCCGCCCAUCCAGGGACAGACAGCACCAGGAAACCACUCAGAGCAGGUGGAAUACCAGGGCUCGGGCCUCCCAGCGCGCCUGCCCGACUCGGACGGCCCUGUGUUUGGCCAGCUGGACUGUACCCCUGCUGGGCUGUCCGAGCAGAGGCAGCGGGCGGAGAAGGUCUACCAGGAACAGCUGACCACGGCUAAUAACAAGAGAAAAGAGCUGCUCCUUAACCGCAGCACCAAACAGAAGAACGAGAGAGAGAUGCUCAGCAGGAACAGGAAGGAACUGAUAAACGACCACAUCAACCGCUUUGAGAAGCUGCGUGACCUGCGGGCCUCGUUGGAGGACACCUGGAGACGCAGCGCCGACCUGAAACGCCACCGAGACAGAGAGGAGAAGGAAUUCAUCAAGUCUGGGAGCAGUCUUCUGAUUGACCAGUGUGAGCAGUACCGCCGCUGUUACCAGUGCAAGAGGAAGACAGAGAACUGUGGAGAGACAAACAUCUGGAAAGAGUCUCACUACAUCCCUGGCUCUCGCCUCAUGGUGUAGACCGCUGAAACCUGGUCUCAGAGCAAACGUAGCCAUGCCACUCCAUUUAGUAUGAUAUGUUACUUUACAUUAGAUUACAUUACAUUGGCUUACCAACGUAAUAGCGGUCGUACAAUAUAAUACGAAUUGUAGGACGUAUCCUACGUCUUGAUCGCACCAGUAUCGUUUAGUAUGAUGUAUCACACUCAACUGCUUUAGUAUGAUAUAUCACACUC